CGCGGCUGCUGGGUAUUAUCCCCUGGGCGAGUUUCUCCAGCCGUCUUCCUCCGCUCGACCGGCCGUGGGCGGUCGGCAGGUCAGCGCACCGGCCGGGUUUCCGCUGCCUCCCCGGACCACUUAGUCUGAACCCGGCAGUGGUUUCCACUACUAGAGGCUCACUUUUUUCUGCUCCCUCUCCUGUCUCUCCAAGAAUGAAACAUGACUGAGGACUCCCAGAGAAACUUCCGUUCAGUAUAUUAUGAAAAAGUGGGGUUUCGUGGAGUUGAAGAAAAGAAAUCAUUGGAAAUUCUCCUAAAAGAUGACUGUCUGGGUGAGUUUUAUAUUGAGAAACUUUGUACUUUUAGUCAGAGGUUCCCGCUCCCGUCCAUGUACCGUGCAUUGGUCUGGAAGGUGCUUCUAGGCAUCUUGCCUCCACACCAUGAGUCCCACGCCCAGGUGAUGGUGUAUCGCAAGGAGCAGUACUCUGAUGUCCUUCACGCCCUGGAAGUCAUUCGCUUCAUCAGUGAUGCCACACCUCAGGUUGAAGUCUGUCUCUACGUGCAUCGGCUGGAGUCUGGGAAGUUGCCUCGAAGUCCCUCCUUUCCACUGGAGCCAGAAGAUGAAGUAUUUCUUGCCAUUGCUAAAGCCAUGGAAGAGAUGGUGGAAGAUAGCAUUGACUGUUACUGGCUUACCCGAUGCUUCGUGAACCAACUGAAUAACAAGUACCGGGAUUUUCUACCCCAGCUGCCAAAGGCUUUCGAACAAUACUUGAACCUGGAAGAUAGCCGACUGCUGAGUCAUCUGAAGACGAGUUCUGCAGUGUCCAAACUUCCCUAUGAUCUCUGGUUCAAGAGGUGCUUCGCUGGGUGCUUGCCUGAAUCCAGCUUACAGAGGGUUUGGGAUAAAGUUAUAAGUGGAUCCUGUAAGAUACUAGUUUUUGUAGCUGUGGAAAUUCUCUUAACCUUUAAAAUAAAAGUAAUGGCACUGAACAGUGCAGAGAAGAUAACAAAGUUUCUGGAAAACAUCCCCCAGGACAGCUCGGAUGCGAUUGUGAGCAAGGCCAUCGACUUAUGGCACAAACACUGCGGGACCCCGGUCCACUCCGCCUGAACGUUCCUGACAUUGUGGACAGUCUGCCAGGCCUGCCCAGACGGCUUUUGUGGGACAUGAUCUACUAAAUUGAUAGUAGGGUUCUCACUUUGGUGCUCAAAGUGUAAUUGUUUUGCCAGCAAAAUUUAUUUAAGAUACUUAGAGUCACUGUGUUGUGGAAUGGCAUCUUCUGAUUACACAGAACUACAGAGUUCAAUUCUGAAUUGCAUUUUUAAAAAAAAUUAUUUUAUUGAAGUAUAUAGGUGAUUUACAAUGUGUUAAUUUCUGCUGUACAGCAAAAUGAUUCCGUUAAACAUAUAUAUAC